GCGAUUCACACGGAUUUUUAUGGUCGUGAUUUUGGGAGAUUCAUUAAAUGUGAUCAAGCCAUUAAGUUAAUUUUAAAAAUCCGAAACAUUAAAUUUGAGGAAGAUGCAGGAUGACGCGCGCUACCUCAAACGCAAAGUGACUGCGGGCAGUUUAGAUGUUCAUCCCACGGAGAAGGCCCUCGUGGUCCACUAUGAGGUGGAGGCGUCGAUACUGGGAGAGGGUGGAGGUCACAUGCUGGGCGAACGCAAGGAGGGACAGAAAAUUAUCCGUGUGAAAAGUCUCUCUCCCAGCACGGAUGUGGGAGCUUUGGCCCAGAAAGUGGUGGAGGAGUGUAAGCUCAUCCCUCCUUCCCGUUUGCCUCAGGUGGAGCAGCUUCUUUACUACCUGCAGAACAGGAAAUCCUCCCCAGUGGAGGGCAAAGCGGAGAAGAAAGAGAGAAGAACUGUGAAACCCAGAGAGCUGACACCGUUUGAAGGAAUGGAGCUGAAUGAGGAAGCCAGUAUCACCAGAGUGGACGAGUAUGUCGAGCUGCUCUAUGAAGGAAUCCCAGAGAAGAUCAGAGGCUCGUCUCUCAUCCUGCAGCUCGCCCGCAACCCUGACAACCUGGAGGAGCUGCUGCACAACGAGGCAGCUCUUGGUGCUCUGGCCAGAGUGUUGAGGGAGGACUGGAAACAGAGUGUAGAGCUGGCUACCAUCAUCAUUUACAUCUUCUUCUGCUUCUCGAGUUUCUCCCAGUUCCAUGGCGUGGUGAGUCACUAUAAGAUAGGUGCGCUGUGUAUGAGCGUGGUGGAACAUGAGCUGAAGAGACACGAUGUCUGGUGUGAGGAGCUCCGCAAGAAAAAUAAAGCUUGUGAGUCAGCGCCAGAGAGCGGCUCCCUGAGACGAGACCAAGACAAAGCUCUGAGGAAAUACCAAGGCCUCCGGGCCAAACAGGAGCAGCUGCUCAGAGUGUCUCUCUACCUGCUGUUGAACCUUGCUGAGGACACGAGGACGGAGCUGAAGAUGAGGAACAAGAACAUCGUCGGCCUCUUGGUCAAAGUUCUGGACCGCGACGAUGAGGAGCUGCUGGUGCUGGUGGUUUCAUUCCUCAAGAAACUGUCCAUCUUCCUGGAGAACAAGAACGACAUGGCUGAGGUGGACACUGUAGAGCGACUGGCUCACCUGGUUCCCUGUGAGCACGAAGAUCUGUUAAACCUGACCCUGCGUCUGCUGCUCAACCUCUCCUUCGACUCCGGACUCAGAGCCAAGAUGGUGGAAGUUGGACUGUUACCUAAACUGACGGCGCUGUUGGGUGAUGAAAACAACCGUCAGGUGGCCAUGCGUAUCCUGUACCACAUCAGUAUUGACGACCGCUUCAAGGGCAUGAUUGGUUACACUGACUGCAUUCCUCAGCUCAUGCAAAUGCUGUUUGAGUGCAGUGAGGAAGAGAUUGAAGCUGAGCUCAUCUCCAUCUGCAUCAACCUGGCUGCGAACAAGAGGAAUGCACAGCUCACCUGUGAAGGGAAAGGGUUGAAGAUGCUGAUGAAGAGAGCUCUGAAGACGAAAGACUGCCUUCUGAUGAAGAUGAUCAGAAACAUCUCGCAGCAUGACGCUCCAACCAAAGCACUGUUCAUAGACUACGUGGGCGACCUGGCAGCAGAGAUCCGGGCCGACGAAGAGGAGGAGUGGGUUCUGGAGUGUCUGGGGACCCUGGCCAACCUCACCAUCCCCGACCUGGACUGGGAGCUGGUGCUGAAGGAGUACAACCUGGUACCGUACCUCAAAGACAGACUCAAGCCAGGCUCAGCAGAGGACGACCUCAUCCUGGAGGUGGUGAUAAUGAUCGGGACGGUUUCCAUGGAUGACGCCUGUGCCGCCAUGUUGGCUAAAUCUGGCAUCAUUCCCGCCCUCAUCGAGCUGCUGAACGCCCAACAGGAGGACGAUGAGUUUGUGUGUCAGAUCGUCUACGUCUUCUAUCAGAUGGUUUUCCACCAAGCCACCCGAGACGUCAUCAUCAAAGACACGCAGGCCCCCGCCUACCUGAUCGACCUGAUGCAUGACAAGAACGCUGAGAUUAGAAAAGUGUGCGACAACACGCUCGACAUCAUCGCUGAGUACGACGAGGAGUGGGGGAGGAAGAUUCAGUCAGAGAAGUUCCGUUUCCAUAACAACCAGUGGUUGGAGAUGGUGGAGAGUCGUCAGGCCGAUGAGUCUGAGACGUAUCUCUAUGACAACGACAAUGACAGGACCGAUCUAUUCUACAGCGCAGAUGGAAUAACUCCAGCAGACGGUUCUGUCAGCCCAGACUUCUUCAGUGACCUUCAGGCUCAGAAUGGAGACUCGCACCACGCAGGAGACGAUAAAGACGUGUUCGACCAGACCAGCUCGUCACCUGGACGACCAGCCACUGCGUACGGCUUCAGACCCGACGAGCAGCCCUUCUAUCAGUACUCAUAGACACACACACACACACACACACACACACACACACACACACACACACACACACACACACAUCCUGUCAUCUUAGACUCAUCUCAACACUUUAGAUCGCCUUCUCUCGUAACACAGUGGCUCUAGACGCUGGAGUGUGUAAUACUGAUAAAGACUGACUGCAGGCUUUAAACUAGUUAUUAAACAAACCGCAGUUUCACACACUCAUCCUUAAAGACCCAUUUCAUUCAUUCACUCACCAUCAUGUUCAACAGAUAAGUAAUGAAGUCUUCCGUUCUGGCCGCAGAUGUCGACUUCCUGCGGGUCAGCAGAUAAUAUAAAGAAUGUGAACACAUUUCACGUCUCUGAUGAUUUGUGUUGAUAAGCUUCUGCAUGUCUUUUCUAAUGUAAUGAUCAAUAUUUGUUGCCUCCUCGAAUCCACUGCAGAUGUUUUCUUACAUUCCACUGAAUUGUUUUAAAAGGGUAAAAGUUUCACAGUCGUUUUAUUAACGUGCACUACAAUGUAAAUAAUUGUUUUUUUUUUAAUGUCGCUGUAAAACGGGCACAUUGUUGUGUGUGAUUGUGAUCCUUACAACUUAGGGUGCUUUCACACACCUGGUCCCAACCUGGGUGUCUAUAUAUGUGAGGUGGUCUUUGCACUCACUGCAACAGUCACACUCUUUAAUUGGCAAUGGAAAGGAUCCAAAUGGAAGUUAUUGUCCCUUCAUGCACAGCGGUGUGCAGACCUCUCAAUAUACGCAGUAUUUAAAGUUUUGCAGUAGCGAGAGUUGCUCAUCUCUCAGGCCACGAGAGUAAAAUCAAAACCAUCUGCAUCGUUAUCCUCCUCAGAUAUGAAGCUGAUGAAAUCAAGAAGUGUUUUCACUCAACUUAUUGUGAUACUUGUGUUGAUGCCACGUGUUUAUUGCUAAUAAACACAACUCCUAUCUGCGGUUUAUGAUGACGGUAGCAGAAAUAAAUAAGCAGGAGGUGAUAAAGCGUUCUACAAGAGCUGGUGUCAGUCAAGACAACGAAAUGUGUUUGGAGUAUUAAAACAGCUGAGCGGGCGGGAGAAGGUGAAAGCUUUUGUCAGUGUCAGAGUGCGAGCACACAGCUUUUUCCUGGACGCAGCGUAAGGUUGAUUGAGUUUCGGGGGAAGCACCAGAGACGAACUGUGGCUAUAAAAAAAAGGAAGUGAGCCCUUUGGAAUUACCUGCAUUUAUGUAUAAAUGCCACAUGAAUAUCAUCAAUAAUAAACACUCAGAACAGGAAACGGCGGAGUGUUUAGUGUUUCACCCUCCUACAUGUUGAAUUAUAAAACACUAACAUUUAAAUAUCCGGCACGUGUUCGGACGUGUGACGGGCGCAGCGCGGGGCGGUGAGGUCAUUCUACAUGAUGAAUGUCAUUUCCUACAGUUACUGUACAUACGUCGCUGUUUCAACAGCAGUGACAUCAGGAAUUUUGGAUCAUGGGGAGUGAAUGUUGGUGACUUAAGUUAGUAUUAUUGUUUCAUGUUUAUUUACUGUGUAAUUGAGUUUUAUCACAGGGACUUUAGUUCACUAACCGACGAGUAAAAUCAAUGCACAGAGGACGACAUCUAGAUACUAACUGAUGUAAAUACUUUGCUUGGUUCUGGGAAUAAAUGUAAAAGUUCCCUUGAUCAUGAAGCUCGUCAGUGUUACAUUGAUGCAUGUUAUGUUUGUUUUUGUUUUUUUAUCAUAAGUUAUUGUUAAUCUACUGUCUGUAUGUUGAUGUGUUUUUGUUUGUUUUUUUACAAUAGUUGAUUUUAUUGCUACUUAACAAGACACUGUAAAGAAACAAAUACUGGACUGUAGAUAAUCUCCAUCUCUCACUGUCUGUCAUCUUCAGGUUCUUUAAUAAAAACAUGACAUUUGA